CUGUAACUAUGUGAAUUAAAGAUGGGCGUGUUUACUAAUCGUGGAAGAGUCAUCAACACGAUGCGAAUAUAUACAUGACGUACGUGCCUUGAAUUCAUAGAAGGUUGACAAAAGGUUCGCAGUGACGUAAUGUCGAUGCUUUUGUAGUUCCAAUACAAUUUACCGCAGGAAAUUUAUACUGUUUGGAUUACGAUUUCGGCGAUUGUUGCACGAAAUUAAUGUGACACAUUUUUAAAAUAUUUGAUACAAAAUAUAAAAUUUUAUCGAUGUGAGGAAUUUUGUUACAAGAACGAAUAGAGGCGAAUUUGAUGGAACGUCGAAAAUAAUAAAUUCGCAUACAAUGAAUAAACCUUCGUUGCCAUUGAUAAUAAGUAUAUGUGAGCGUAAAGUGUACAUUCUAUGUAAGAGUUCAUGUCACAUUUGGAGUUGCAAUACUCAAUACUGACUUGAAGAAAAAGCAAAAAUAGUUUUGUCGUGUCUCUUUCAGAAUUUAAUACUUACAAGCUAAUAUUAAUAAAAUCAACGAACCUAAAGAGAUUUUCUUCCGUUGUAUUCAUAAAUGAAUACGUUACAUCGAAUGAUACAUAUAUCAAAAUUUUGUAUAUUUUUUUAUUAUAUCUUACCAAAAGUAGCAAUAAGUACAAUGACAUCUAGAAGUAGGGUGAAUUUUUUUUUAAACUGAUAGAUUUGCAGAUUUAAUAAAUCGCCGAUAGUUAAAUGUAUUUUUUUCUACGCAACACAUGUAUGUAGGUGUGUAUCGACGAUUUCAAUAUCGCUAUGAAUGUGCAACUGCAAUAUAAUUGUGGAAAUAGAGGGAGCUCGAAAACAUUUUUUUUCUCAGUUUUGUUUGUUUAAUCGAUACACGACGAGUCGACGAACGAUGAAAAGUCAGGCCGUUUGACUGUCAUAAUUUUCGCUGGCAAAUAAAAAAAAAUGGAUAGAGAUGAUGAACACAAAUCAGGCAAGGAAAGUGUCUCGGAUGUUUCUACGCACAAAAGAACAGAGAAAAAUUCGGAAUCUACUACUGUCUUCCAUUCUUCUCCGAAUAAGUUAGCACUUAAAUUGUGCCGACAACCACCGCGUAGUUACAAAAUAGGGAAAAAUGAAAUACCGUUUUUCAUACCGCAUAAGAAAUUGCUCGAAAAGAUCGAGUAUAAACCAGAAAUUCGGGAGCCAUUGACCGGUUUUAGCGCUCAACAAGAGAAAAUUAGGAAGCAGGUGUGCAAACCAAGCAUUUCGCUGACGAGGAUCGAGAAGAUGUUGACAAAGGACGUCACUUCUGAAACACUUACAAGUGUUGGACCAAGGGAAAGAAUUUCGCGGGAUUUUCGAGAAUAUAAAAGGGAAAUGGAUCUCGAUGCUCCUCGGUUUAUCGAUCAGUUGAAGUUGAUUCGACAAUUGCGAGAAAAUCCUAAAAUAGGAUUCUUUUACAUGAUUUACGCUGUGGAUCGAUCCUCGAAAUAUUUUACUCCCUAUGCUUUGAAGGUCGUUCAGUAUAAAGACGUAGGCAAAGUUUACAUGACUAUCAGUGCCAGUGGUGUAACCCAGCACAGUCCGGACGAAAUGAGUUUCACGCCUAUCGAACAGUGGGAAAGGGAAUACAUUUUUUACUUAAAGUUGUUAAAGAUACGGACGUUUAUCGUGUUUCGAAUGUGGAAGAAUUUCUACGUUUGGAAGAAGAUAGUCAGUUAUAAAAAGUUCGUUGUGGCGAAACAUUAUUUGAAGGAAAAUCUCUUUAUAUCGGACUCGAUUCUCAGUAAAGCGUUGUUAGAAAUCAAGUCCAUGUGCUCGAUUUUCCUCAACUCGAGUUUCUUCGAUAACUCGAUUUUUGACAAGAUUUUGCUCUUUUAUUUCGCAGAGAAACAAUUUACAAAGCUGGAACUAAUUAGAAAUAAGUUAGAUGAGUUUAGGAGAUUGGCGAUAAACAUUGUUAACAAUGCCUGUCUUGGUGCUUUAUUAAAGGCUGGAUACACUCCCGAUGAUUCCAAUAUAACAAUAGAGCAAACUGCGUACGGAAAACUUGGUGAGUUCGGCGCUGUUAAAUUUAAAAUGCCAGAAGACGGUAUUCUCAAAAUGAGUUACAUCGAGCAGGCACGAAAGAGAGAGAAAUGUUACAGGCUGUCUUGCUUUAUUCAUCUGAUCGAUUACAUGCAAACGAACAUGAUGCACGUCCUUUUAUUAAACACUUAUCGAGAGCUCAUACAACUCUUGAAGAUCUACACGGGAUUUUUGCCGGACGACGAAUCAAUAGACAACGACGUGAUUGAUCUUCCCUUGAAAGAAAAUCGCCCGUCGUCGCAUCGUAUUCAGCUACCAUAUUGGAUUGUGGAUUUGCUUAUUUUACCGUCUUCAGAAAUUGUAAUGGACCCGUCUGAAAGUGUUUUCCUUUUCGUAAUAAAAACUAUAGAAAUUAUGUGGGAGGAGAACUUGUACGCUAUUAAACCUCUGCUCUCGGAUCCCUUUUUCCAUUCUUUCACGAGGCCUAUGAUCAAUCAUAAAGUGGAAGAACGUAUCUGUGGGCAUCCGCCGGAAGUCCAGGAAAUUUUGAAACAGGAUCCGAGCACGCUAGCUUUCAAGACACAGCUGACGGAACUUCUCGAGAGGAACUUGAACGCCGUAAAACGUUACUGUCAACGAUUCAACGCGAUCAGACAGUUUUAUCACGAAGACACGACAUUCGACGAGAACAUCAUCCGGGACAAUCGAGACGUUAAAUUAUUCCGAGAAUGGAGCAUUCGUUACAAGAAAGAAGUGGAUCUGAUUCACAAAGUGAUCGAUUGCCAGCCGUUUGGCCUCUUUUUUAUUCAACUAGAACGAUUCAAAAGCGCAGCUGAAACUGCCCCUAGAGGGAAAUUAGGUGUCAUUGAAGCUGUUAUGCCUGGACUAGGAAAAAGUCGAGUUGACGAUUUAUUAACGCAAGCGAUCGACGCUAUCAAUUAUCUGGAAACAGUCCCAGUGACAACUGAGGAAUAUGUUGCGUACAUAAAGUUUGUAGAUCAAGCUCAACAAAAUGUAGACGAGAUGGAGUCACAGCUGGAUUACGUGAAAGAGUUGUACGACACGAUGGAAGAAUUCGCUUUUCCUAUACCGUCGAUGGAUAUGGCAAAUUAUCUGGGUAUUGGAAGUCAUUUUACCAGUUUACGCUUGGUCGUGGAGAAUCGAUUGGAACAGCGGCCAAAGUUGAUAAAUAAAUUCGACGCUCAACUCCAGAAGGACAUCACGGCGCUGAACGAAGGGAUAUCGGAAAUUUACGACGAAAUAACGCAACCAUGGUUAUUGGAUUAUAAAAGCGACGUUGACGCUUGUUUGAACACGUUGAAAGAGCUCGCUAAACGAUUAGCAGCGUGUGCUACUAAAGCGGAACAAUAUCGCGCUCAUCAAAGGACAUUUAAGCUGGAGCAGACGAGAUUCGAUAUUUUAGAUCAGGUAACGAACGAACUGAGGUUACGUAUUUUAUUAUGGGAAAGCUUGACUUCCUGGGAGAACGUUGUCUACGAGUGGUAUGCCAGCGAUUUCGAUACAUUGGACGUCGAGCAAAUCACCGCGUUUACAAUGGGCACCAUGAAGAACAUAAUUCAGUUGGAGAGAGGCCUGCCGCCGAACAAUAUCUUGCCUGACUUGAAGGAGAGCGUCGAAUUGAUAAGAAACAAGUUGCCUGUUCUCGGUUACUUGAGAAAUCCAGAUUUAAAGGACAGACAUUGGAAGACGAUCGAGACUAUAUUGAACUAUACCUUCGUACCCGAGGAAAAGAAGACUUGGACUCGGAUGGAGGAGCUCGGUGCAUUUUUAAAACCUACUGAACUGAUGGAAGUCGCUGCCGCGGCCAGCUCUGAAGCUAACUUGGAAAACAUGUUGAAGAAAGUCAUAGACACAUGGGAAAAUCUCAAAUUUGUUAUCGUACCGUACAAAGAGGGGAAAGACGUUUUCAUAAUAGGCACCCUCGAGGAAAUUCAGGUCGCAAUGGACGAGAGCAACAUUAAUUUGCAGACUAUCAGCGCAUCUCGUCACGUUCGGUUCAUUCGACCACUGGUCGAAGAGUGGGUCCAAAAAUUGGAUUUAUUUACCGUUACUUUGGAAGAGUGGCAAUAUUUGCAGCAGCAAUGGUUGUAUCUCGAGGCGAUAUUUUCAGCACCGGAUAUUCAGCGACAGUUACCAAUGGAAGCAAAACUCUUUAUCGAGGUCGACAAGUUUUGGAAAGACCUUAUGAGACGUACUUACAAGGCGCCUUUGGCUAUGCACGCGUGUACACAACCAGGGUUAUUAGAGCAACUACAAGAGAACAAUCGAAUGUUGGACGAGGUAAUGAAAUGUUUGGAGGCGUAUCUCGAGACGAAACGAAUAGCGUUCCCCAGAUUCUUUUUCCUAUCCAACGACGAGCUUUUAGAAAUUUUGGCUCAGACCAAAAAUCCACACGCGGUACAGAGACAUUUGCAGAAGUGCUUCGAUGCAAUAUGCAGAUUGGAAUUUGCAAUGAAAGAAACCGAAACUGGCGAACUCGUGCUAACGACAGAUAUCAUUGCCAUGAUUUCACCGGAAGGUGAGAAAGUUCCGCUUGGGAAAGGUUUGAGAGCCAGGGGUAACGUCGAAGAUUGGUUAGGUCGAGUCGAAGAGGCUAUGUUUUCAACGUUAAGGAGAAGAAUGAAAGAUGGAAUUAAAGACUUGGCUGAGAAAGGACGGAAACAAUUUCUGUAUAUGCAUCCUUCUCAGAUAGUCCUCGCUGUAUGCCAAAUAUUUUGGACUCGAAAUAUUCACAUUAUCCUAGAUUCCCCUGAGAAUGUGAUCGAAAAGAUGAAAGCAUUUGAACAAAAGUGUUUCGCGGAUUUGAAUGAACUAGCGAUGCUGGUGAGAGAAGAAUUGCCAAAAUUGAUACGUGAUGUCAUAAUCAAUUUGAUAACAAUAGAUGUGCAUGCCAGAGACAUUGUUACAACUUUGGUUGAAAAUAGAGUAACUUCAAGUAUAAGCUUUGAUUGGGUAAAAACGUUACGUUAUUAUUGGGAUGAAGAACUUGAUAAUUGUCUAACACGUAUGAGUAAUUCCAAAUAUCUUUACGGGUACGAGUAUCUCGGUGCUCAGAAGAGGCUCGUCAUAACACCUCUGACAGAUAAAUGUUACUUGUGCCUUAUGGGAGCUCUUCAGUUAGACUUAGGUGGUGCUCCUGCGGGACCUGCAGGUACUGGAAAAACGGAGACGACAAAGGAUUUAGCCAAAGCGGUCGCUGUUCAAUGCGUUGUAUUUAAUUGUUCAGAAGGGCUUGAUUAUAGGAUGAUGGGCAGAUUCUUUUCCGGCUUGGCAACUUCCGGUGCCUGGUGCUGUUUCGACGAAUUUAACAGGAUAGAUAUCGAAGUACUUUCCGUAAUAGCUCAGCAACUAAUUACCAUCAGGAAUGCCAAGAUUGCCAGAGCUACUGAAUUCAUGUUCGAAGGACGAAUGAUCAAAUUAGUGAUGUCUUGCGCAACUUUCAUCACUAUGAAUCCAGGAUAUGCCGGCCGCACGGUAUUACCAGACAAUUUAAAGGCGCUGUUUCGACCGAUGUCGAUGAUGGUUCCAGACUAUAAACUUAUUGCCGAGGUUACACUAUAUUCGGAAGGAUUCGAGUCGUCCAAACCGUUGUCGCAGAAAAUGACGUUAAUGUACACACUCUGCAGCGAACAACUUUCCCAACAGGAUCAUUAUGACUUUGGAAUGAGGGCUGUGAAAAGCGUAUUGGUAAUGGCAGGUAGCCUUAAACGAAAUAAUCCUGACAAACCAGAGGAUGUUGUUUUGAUCAGAGCCCUGCGCGAGAGCAAUAUACCAAAGUUUUUACGCGACGACGCUGAAUUGUUCGAAGGUAUCGUGGGAGAUCUCUUUCCAGGCAUCGAUAUUACUGAAGAAGACUAUGGUAUUUUAAGGGACACAGCUAUUGAAAUACUGAAAGAAGCCAAAUUACAGCCAGAAAGUUGCAUCUUAAGGAAAGUGACCCAACUGCACGAAUGUUUGCAAGUGAGACACGGAGUGAUGUUAGUUGGACCGACUGGUUCAGGAAAAACGACAGUUCUUCAAACUCUCGCAAACACUUACAAUCGACUGCGUGAAAUGGCUAUAGCAGGACCAUGUUAUCAGUCAGUUCACAUGUAUGUAAUCAAUCCGAAGGCAGUUACUAUUGGUGAAUUGUACGGAAAAGUAGAUAUAAUGACAAACGAAUGGCGUGACGGAUUGAUCGGUUCUACAGUUCGUCACGCAUGUUCUUUCACCACGGAGGACCAUCAAUGGAUCGUCUGCGACGGACCGGUCGACGCUGUGUGGAUAGAAAAUAUGAACACUGUUUUAGACGACAAUAAAAUGUUGUGCCUGGCUAACUCCGAAAGAAUUAAAUUCACCCCUUACAUGCGCAUGUUAUUCGAAGUUAUGGAUCUUGUUCAAGCGUCGCCCGCUACCGUCAGUCGCUGUGGAAUGGUGUACGUCGAUCCUACGGAGUUAAAGUGGAUGCCUUAUGUGAAAUCGUGGCUGAACACGCUUCCCGAUACCGUUAGAAACGAGCAUCGGUCACAGAUUGCUGAACUUUUUGAGAAAUAUUUCGAAGACGGGCUAAUCUUCUGCAGCAAGAACUGUGUCUCUCCAAUCGCACAGGUUGACAUUAGUAAAGCAUCUAUGACUUGUGCGAUAUUGGAAUAUAUCUUAAAUGAACCAGACGCGAUAGAGAAAACUACGGAAAAGGCGCGAAUUAGAACAUUCUUAGCUCAGUCGUUCGUUUUCGCCUUUCUCUGGUCCAUUGGUGGUAACGUCGACGACGCGUCUCGGAGUGUGUUCGAGACUUUCGCGAGGCAGCAAUUCGAAGACAACGAAGAUGCGUUUUUGCCACCGACAAAUUUAUGGGAGCUGUACGUAAACGUUCAAGACCAUCGACUGGAUUAUUGGACAGACAUUAUGCCGAAAUUUGUAUACGACAGCGAGAUGCCAUUUUUCGACAUCCUCGUGCCAACCAUCGACACUGUACGGUUUGGUUAUCUAACGAAGAAGUUACUCGAGAUAAAUAAACCGGUGUUCCUUACUGGAGAUACUGGAGUCGGCAAAUCGGUGAUAACGAAGGUUGUUUUAAACAACUUGGAAGACAGUCAACUCUGGGCGCCGAUCAAUCUAAUAUUCUCCGCUCAGACAAGCAGCGGCAGGACGCAGGAAAUUUUGGAACUUAAAUUGGAACGGAGGAAAAGAACCGUGUUGGGGGCACCUAUUGGGAAACGGGUGUGCGUGUUUGUCGACGACGUCAAUAUGCCGAAAUUAGACACAUACGGGUCCCAACCGCCGAUCGAACUUUUGCGACAAUUACUAGAUUUCCACGGCAUGUACGACAAAGAGAAGUUGUUCUGGAAACAUGUAGAAGACGUUGUCUUCACUGUGGCGUGCGCUCCACCCGGAGGCGGUAGAAACCCAUUAACACCGAGAUUCGUGAGGCAUUUCGCAAUGCUGCUCAUCCCACCUCCUACGGAACUCUCGUUGAAGCGAAUUUUCAAGGCAAUUACAAGCGGAUUUCUGGAAGAUUUUGUGGAAUCUGUCAGACAAGUCGGCGACAGAAUAGUGAACGCGGCAGUGGAUGUUUAUCAAAGGAUCACGACUGAUCUUCUGCCCACGCCAGAGAAAAGUCAUUAUAUCUUUAAUCUGCGCGAUUUAUCGAAAUGCGUGCAAGGUAUCAUGCAAGUUGACGCGUCGGGCAUUAAGCAACCUGGCGAAAUGUACAGGCUUUUUUACCACGAAUCUCUUCGAGUUUUUCACGAUCGAUUGAUCAACGUUCAGGACAAGAGCUACUUUUAUAGACUUCUGAACGACAUAUGUAUGAACACGUUCGGCGUGCAAGUGAUGCGGCUACCGGACGAGGAGAUCAUCGAAAAACCACCGGUGCUGUUGUUCGGCGAUUUCAUGUCCUUCGGGGCAGCGAGAGAGCAACGAAUUUACGAGGAACUUACGGACAUUUCGAAAGUUAGAAGAACCUUGGAGGAUUACUUAGAAGAUUAUCAGUUCUCUGUCGGCAAGGACAUGAGAAUCAUAUUUUUCAUGGACGCCAUAGAACACGUUUGCAGGCUUGCGAGGAUCCUCCGUUCCGAAAGAGGCAAUGGUCUUUUAAUCGGUGUCGGUGGAAUGGGAAAGCAAAGCUUGACAAGACUGGCGUCUCACUUAAAUAGUUACAAAUGUUAUCAGAUAGAAGUUACUCGCACGUACGAUAAAAACUCGUGGCACGAAGACCUUCGACGAUUUUACUUCGAACCGGGCACCGAGGCGAAGCACACGACCUUCUUGUUCACCGAUACUCAGAUUGUGCUAGAAGAAUUUCUAGAAGACAUCAAUAAUACACUUAACACAGGGGAGGUGCCAAAUUUAUACGAAACAGACGAACUUGAGAAAGUUAUCAUAGCUACCAGGCCCGCAGCGAAACAAGCAGGUAUUCAAGAAGCAAACAGAGACGGAAUUUACCAAUAUUUCAUUGGAAGGGUCAGAGAUCAUCUUCACUUAAUGAUUUGCAUGAGUCCUAUAGGCGACACUUUUAGACAUCGUUGCCGUAUGUUUCCUUCAUUAGUAAACUGCUGCACCAUUGAUUGGUUCACAAAGUGGCCAAACGAUGCCCUUUUGUCAGUAGCGGAAAGUUCGUUGAUUACAAUCGCUCCGAAGGAUUCGACGCAGCUUGCCAGCCUCAGUAAUAUUUGCGUACUGAUUCACGCGAGCGUAGAAGAGAUGACAACCCGAUUCUUCGUGGAAAUGCGACGAAGGUAUUAUACCACGCCGAGCAGUUAUUUGGAGCUUUUGAAGCUAUUUCAAACAACUCUAGAGAAAAAGAGAAAGGAGAUAGAGUUAUUGAAAAGUAAAAUUGCCAAUGGGCUUAAUAGACUACGAGAAACUAACGAGAUGGUCGGCGUGAUGAAAGAACAGUUGACAAUUCUUGCGCCUAAACUCAAAGCAAGCACCGAGGAGGUGUUGACACUGGUAAAAAUCCUUGCGAAGCAACAAGUCGAAUGUGACAAAGUGAAGUAUGUCGUAACAGCCGAGCAAGCAACAGCAAAAGCGAAAGCAGAGGAAAUGGCGAUUUUAGAAGCUGACGCCAGGGAAGAUUUGGAGGCAGUGAUGCCAGCUUUAUUGGAAGCUCAGAGAGCAUUGGAAGCUUUAAAUAAAGCUGAUAUCAACGAGAUUCGUGUGUUUCACAAACCACCUCAUUUAGUGCGUUUCGUUAUGGAAGCGGUGAAUUUGCUACUGGGUGAAAAGACAGAUUGGGCGAGUGCCAAGUUAGUCCUGGGCGAUAUACAUUUCCUUAAUCGUUUAAUGACUUAUCCCAAAGACGACAUAAGCGACAAACUUUUAGAAAAGUUGCAGGAAUACAUCGAACAUCCAGAAUUUCAACCACACUUAGUAGCUAAGCAAAGUAAAGCUUGUAAGUCGCUGUGCAUCUGGGUAAGAGCAAUGGACGGAUAUGCUAAAAUCUAUAGAGUAGUCGAGCCAAAGCGACAAAAAUUAUACAAAGCUGAAGAAGAGUUGCGAGCGAUAGAGAAAGUUCUUGCUCUGAAGCAGAAAGAACUCGUCGCGGUGGAGAAUAAAAUCAAGGAAUUGCAACAAGAAUACGACGCGGCAGUGAAGAAUUUGAACAAAUUAGAAGCCGAGAUGCAACUGGCAGAAACGAGAUUGAACAGAUCUGGACGAUUGACGUCCGCGUUGGUGGAUGAACGAGUUCGAUGGGAAGAAUUAAUGCGCGGCUUUGACAAGCAAAUUGUCAACUUGACUGGUGAUACUUUGAUAGCUGCCGGAGCCCUUGCUUAUCUGGGUGCUUUCACAAAUGAGUACAGAGAGGAAUUGAUACAAACUUGGUUGUCCAGCUGCAAAAGCCACGAUGUUAAAACUACCGAGAACUAUAGUCUCAUUACAAUACUGGUCAGCGCUUAUGAAAUUCGUCUUUGGAAUACAUAUGGUUUGCCCCGAGAUAAAGUCAGCACGGAAAAUGCGAUCUUUGUGACACAAGCUAGCCGUUGGCCUUUGAUGAUUGAUCCUCAGGAGCAAGCGAACAGAUGGAUACGUAACAUGGAACAAGAUAACAAUCUAAAAGUGUGCAAACUGACUGAUGCAAAUUUAAUGCGGGUAGUGGAGGCGGCCAUAAGGCUUGGGACACCUGUAUUAAUUCAAGAAGUAGGAGAGGUAUUGGAUCCAAGUUUGGAGCCCAUCUUGCUUAAACAAAUUUUUGUCCUAGGUGGCAGAACAUUAAUACGAUUUGUCGACACAGACGUAGAGUACGAUAGUAAUUUUAAGUUAUACAUCACGACAAAAAUCUCGAAUCCUCAUUAUUUGCCAGAAGUCUGUAUUAAAGUGACGAUAGUUAAUUUUACUGUGACUAUGGGAGGCCUCGAAGAACAAUUACUCGCAGAUGUCGUGCGUCUCGAGAGGCCCGACUUGGAAACGAUGAGAAACGAUUUAAUAAUAAAAAUCAACAUGGACAAAGGUCAAUUACAAAGCAUCGAGGACAGGAUACUGACAUUGUUAUACGGGGCAGGCGACGAUAUUUUAGACAACGAAGAGCUGAUAGAAACGUUGAACGACAGCAAAGAAACUUCUGCGAUCAUUGCGACGAGAUUAAUCGAAAGCGAGGCAACCGAAAGGAAGAUAUCAAUUGCACGCGAGAAAUACCAAUCUGUCGCGAAUCGCGGAUCAGUUUUGUAUUUCGUAGUUGCGGACCUCGCUCACAUAGAUCCCAUGUACCAAUUUUCAUUGAAGUACUUCAGUCAGAUAUUCGACACGGUAAUCGAAACCACCAGAAAAGAAGAUAACUUGCAACAACGUUUGCAAACGUUGUUAAGAGAGAUAACAUUGGCCAUCUACACAAAUGUUUCACGAGGUCUGUUUGAAAAGCACAAAUUGGUAUUUAGCGUGAUGCUCAAUAUUGCAAUACAUAUACACGGGGACAUCGUGUCACAGGCACAGUGGAAUUUUAUGCUGCGAGGUCCUACGCAAAUUGUCGUGGAAGACAUACCAAAUUAUCCAACUCUGACGCCUAAAAUGUGGGCCUCGGUCAAUUAUUUAGCUAACACGUUCAAAAAAUUUGAAAAUGUCUUGGACGAUGCAUUGAAAAGGAUUCCGUUAGCCCUUGGAUAUUUUACGGAAGAAAUUAAUGUACUCCCUACCAAUACAGACGCCGCUACCCAAGACUGGGAUAGGAUAUUAACUGACAUUGAAAAAUUAAUGUUGCUGAAAGCACUGAAAGAGGAGAAAUUAAUUUUUGCAAUCACAGCCUACGUGUCGAACAACUUAGGGCCAAAAUUCAUAGAAUCACCUAUGGCGACGUUACAACUUUUGUAUGCAGACACAUCAAAUAAAAUACCAUUGAUAUUCAUACUUACAACUGGAUCGGAUCCUUUCAGUGCUUUUCAGAAAUUUGCACACGAUAUGGGUUUUGCCAAUAGAUACGACUCCAUUUCUUUAGGUCAAGGCCAAGGUCCCGUUGCAGAAGGGCAUUUACGCACAGGUAUCAUCGAAGGUAGAUGGGUGUUCUUACAGAAUUGUCAUCUGGCUGUGUCGUGGAUGAUCAUCUUGGAGCAGCUUGUAAUAGAAAUUGCCGAGGAACCGGAGGGUAUCAUUCACAAUGAUUUUCGAUUAUUUUUGAGCUCGAUGCCGAGCGCCGCUUUUCCAGUGUCCGUUCUUCAAAAUUCUGUAAAAGUUACGAACGAACCACCAAAAGGGUUAAAAGGCAACAUCAAAAGGGCGUUGCAUGAUUUGGACGAGGAAUAUUUUGAACAUCACCACUUGGGCGAAAGCUGGCGCCGACUUAUAUUCGGCAUUUGCUUUUUCCAUGCUAUUAUUCAGGAACGAAAGAAGUUCGGACCUUUAGGAUGGAAUAUUCUAUAUGAAUUCAACGACAGCGACCGGGAAUGCUGUUUGUUAAAUUUGAAAUUAUUUUGUACGCAUGAUCAUAUACCUUGGAACGCGUUAAUAUAUACCACAGGUGAAAUUACUUACGGAGGUAGAGUUACAGAUAGUUGGGACUUGAGGUGUAUGAAAACAAUCUUAGCUAUUUUCUUUUCUCCUAAAUCUUUGGACAUCAAAUAUGUUUAUUCGCCAUCCGGAAAAUAUUACUGUCCUGUUUACAAUACUCUAGAAGAGUAUGAAGAUUUUAUGGAGACUUUUUCUAUAAUUGAUGACCCAGAAAUUUUUGGAAUGCAUGAAAAUGCAAACAUUGUUUAUCAGUUAAAAGAAGCACAAUUCGCAUUAAAUACUAUUUUGGAAAUACAACCGCAAGAAUCUGUCACUGAUCAAGAUAAAUCUAGUUCAGAUAUAGCAUAUGAAGUUGCUGAUAUGAUAAAGGAUAGAAUUCAAUUUAAGAUAGAUAUUGCAAAAUGUAACAAAGAGCACUUGAAAAGAGAUUCAAUGGGAAGACUUCCAUCAUUAAGUACUGUCCUCGUUCACGAAGUUGACAGAUAUAACAUACUUCUAAAAAAGAUACAUACAUCAAUAGAAAAUUUACAGCGUGCCAUCAAAGGUUUUGUUGUUAUGUCUGAGGAACUAGAAAACAUCUUUAUGGCAUUUGUCAACAACCAGGUACCAGAGAUGUGGCAUAAUGUAAAUGUCUAUCCAUCAUUGAAGACCUUAGGAAGUUGGAUAAGGAACUUAGAACUGAGGAUUGACUUCAUUGAAAUUUGGUUAAUUGACAAAAAACCUAUUUCUUUUUGGAUUUCGGGCUUAUCCUUUCCACAAGGAUUUUUAACUGGCAUAUUACAAACAUGUGCAAGAAAAUACAACAUUCCUAUAGAUCAUCUAAAAUUUGAUUUCAUUGCCACCAAAGUUGUACUUGAUCAAGAAGACAUUGAAAUAGAGCAUAAAAAGGCUGAAAAAGAGGUAAUAGAGGUAUAUAAAAACUUACAAGUGCCAGAGGAUGGAGUUUUAAUACAUGGGUUAUUUAUUGAUGCUGGAAGAUGGGAUUUCAAAUCCAUGUGUUUAGUAGAUGCAAAUAUAGGAGAAAUGCACCCAUCUCUUCCAGUUUUACAUAUACAUCCGGUAUUAGAAUUACCAAAAAAUGAGUUAGAAAGAUAUGUUUGCCCUUUGUACAGAACAGCAGUUCGAGCAGGUGUAUUAUCUACAACUGGACAUAGUACUAAUUUUGUUGUUGCAGUUCUACUUCCAUCUAAAAAAGAACAAUCAUACUGGAUUUUACAAGGAACAGCUCUUUUGAUUGAAAUUGUAAAUUAAAGUUCGCUAUAGCUAAUUAAUAAGUUACAUAUAGUAAUUAAGAAGAAUAUAUUUAUGUUACAUACAUAUUUUACAAUA